AUGGUCAACUUGUUCAAGCGGCUUCGCAAGCUGCAAACUAUUCUCCAAGUCAAGAUUGGCACUGGUGCCGCCAUUUUCCCCAAUCCCACCUCCGCAACAAAAGAAUUUCCAGCCGUCACCCGGCUCCACCUCACAUUUGCCAACAAGAUCAACGGCGGCCAUCGGGGCGCACGGCACUUCUGGCGCAACUGCCUUCCUCGACUGAAGUAUCACAACCCUGGCGUGGGGAUGACAGUAAAAAGGAUCGACGACCAGAACGGACCCUCAGCAUUGACAAUCUACUUCGCCGAAAAGGCCGGUAGCGCCGCUACAGCCGUCGCAAAUGAAAAGAAGGUCACCGACAGUUUGGCGCCUGCCCCAGAGGCUAACGAGGACUCAGUCGUUCUUGACCUGAAGAACCGCACAGACAAGGAAAUCUUCGACCGUUUGCAGAUCAUGACGAACGCGAAGACAGUCAACGCUACCCCUGAGGAUGUGGAGAUGGCGAAGAAGUGGGCGGCCAUCGAGGCCAAGUCUGGUCCUGAUCGCGAGCGUGUGAAGAGUAUCCGACAGGCGAAGAAGGAUCAGGAACGCAUGCUUGCUAUGGCUAGAGGUGAGGUGGAUAAGGAUCAGGUGUAA